GCCUCACCCCUUCCAAUGCGCUCGCUUCGUCUCCCUGCUCCUCUCCCCCGCUCCCACCACCACCACCACCACCACCACCACCACCACCGUGUCUCUUUCUUCUCUCGAACCCUCUCCACACACCAUUUCUCCUCAUUCCCUUCUCCUUCCUCGUCCUCCUCCACCUCCGAGCGCGACGAGGGCUUCGUCUCCAUCCUCCGCUCCAUUCUCCACUCAAACUCCAAGCAAACAUGGCGCUCCUCCCUCUCCUCCCCCUUCGUCUCCGCGCGCCUCGCCCCCUCCCACGUCGAGGCCCUCCUCCUCGAAACCCUAGACGACCCUCGCCUCGCCCACCGCUUCUUCAACCACCUUGCCCUCUCCCACCGCUUCCCACAUUCCCCCCUCUCCUUCGCCAUCCUUGCCCACGCCUUCCUCCGCCUCGGCCCCAAUUGGCUCGCCGCCUCCCUCCUCCAAACCCUAAUCUCCACGCCGAUCUCGCCCUCCGAAGCCUUCAAUGCCGUAGCAAAGGCCCGCGAUCUAUGCCGAUUCCCCUCUUCCCGCGGUUUCGACUUCUUGAUCCAGGCCUACAUCAAGGAUCGAAGAGCACUAGAUGCAUUUACGGUCCUUAGGCUUUCGAUCGGAUUGGAACUUUGUCCCGAGGCGAGGACGGUCAGCGACGUGAUGUUCUUGCUUGCGAAGAUCAGGCGGUUUGGCAUGGCAGCGAAGGUGUUUGAUGAUAUUACUGAGCACGGGAUUCGUCCCGAUGAGUUUAUUUAUACUGCAGCUAUUAGGGCGUUUUGUGAAUUGAAGGAUUUGAGCAAGGCAAAAGAGUUGGUUUCGCAGAUGGAGAUGAAUGGGGUUCGUUCUAGUGUUGUUCCUUACAAUGUGCUGAUAUAUGGCUUGUGCAAGUGUUUCCGGGUUAUGGAGGCUCUCGAGAUUAAAAACUCUUUGAAAGAAAGGGGAUUGGAGGGUGAUGAAGUGACCUAUCGAACCAUAGCGUAUGGACUAUGCAAAGUAGAGGACUUUAACAAGGCUGCUGAGAUUACCAGAGAAAUGCUUAAGUUAGGAUUUGCUCCUUCUGAAGCUAGUUGCUCAUCUCUGAUUGAUGGGCUUAGAAAGAAUGGGAAGGUGGAAGAAGCUUUUGACUUGGUGGAUCAAUUGAGCAAAGUGGGUGUGAUCCCAAACCUGUUUGCUUUCAAUGCCUUGCUCGAUUCUUUAUGUAAAAGUGGUAGGUUUGACGAAGCCGAAUCUCUGUUUGCUAAGAUGAGAGUGAAAGGAUUGGCUCCGAAUGAGGUUACAUAUUCUAUUCUGAUUCAUUCCCUGUGUAGGAGAGGAAUGAUGCACGACGCACUCCAGCUGUUUGAUAGAAUGAGAGAAGAAGGCAUAGAAGCAGGUAUUUAUCCGUACAAUUCCUUGAUCAAUGGAUACUGUAGGAAGGGUGAUUUGAGAGAAGCGAAGGGUAUAUUGAAGGAAAUGAUUGAUGAAGGUUUAGCACCAAAUGCAUCAACUUUUGCUUCUUUGAUAGCUGCUUUUUGCAGGAAAGGGGCUUUGUCUAGUGCUAUGGAGCUCCACAGCCAAAUGCAUGAGAAGGGCAUCUCAUGGAAUACUCAUACUUUCACAGCACUCAUUGGCGGCUUUUGCCAGGCUAGGAAGAUGGAGAAAGCAGCUAAGUUGUUUGAUGAAAUGAUUGAAAUUAAUAUCAUGCCGAAUGAAGUGACUUACAAUGUUAUGAUAGAAGGGUACUGCAAGAUAGGAGACACAAAAAGGGCCUUCGAACUAUACGAUCAGAUGGUGAAUAGGGGGCUUCGACCAGAUAAUUAUACUUUUAGGUCUUUGAUUGGUGGUUUGUGCUUGAACGGUAGAGUAUCUGAAGCUAAGGAAUUUGCUGAUGAUUUGGCUAAGCAACCUUAUGUGCUAAACAAAAUAAGCUUUAGUGCACUUCUACAUGGGUUUUGCAAAGAAGGAAGAAUAACUGAAGCAUACAAUGUGUGGAAUGAGAUGGCAAGAAGAGGGCUGGAAUUGGAUCUUGUCAGCUUUAGCAUUCUUAUAUGUGGAGUUCUAAAGCAGCAUAAUAAGGUAGAGCUGCAUUCACUAUUGAGAGAGAUUGCCAAGAAGGGUCUUAAGCCAGAUAAUGUGCUGUAUACUAUUAUUAUUGAGGCAUAUACUAAACAAGGAAAUAUAACCGAGGCUCUAGGCUUUUGGGAUCGGAUGGCCAAGGAGGGCUGUGCUGCAAAUGCUGUGACAUAUACUGUCUUGAUAAAUAGCUUCUGCAAGGAAGGUCUUUUGACAAAAGCAAAGCUUCUUUGUAAAGAAAUGUUAGUCAGCGACUUCCUUCCUAAUGAAAUUACUUACGGUUGUUUCCUUGACCAUCUUUCUAAUGAAGGAGAUAUGGACGGUGCUUUGGGUCUCCAUUCAGUUAUGCUUAGAGGGCAUUUAGCCAAUACAGUUACCUUUAAUAUAUUGAUCAAGGGUUUUUGUAAGCUCGGCAGAAUACAGGAUGCUAUUGAUCUUAUGGCUAAUAUGAAUGAAAGUGGUAAUUUUCCCGACUGCAUCACCUAUUCAACACUUAUAAAUGAGUUUUGCAGGGUGGGUGAUAUAAAGAAAGCUUUUAGGCUGUGGGAUGAGAUGCUAAGUAAGGGGCUGAAACCUGAUAUAAUAGCGUAUAAUCUUUUUAUACAUGGAUGUAGUGCCAACGGCGAACAUAACAAGGCUUUUGCGCUGUACGAUCAUAUGAGAAAAAAUUGGGUGCAGCCGAAUUGGACGACAUAUAGAGCUCUAUUCCAUGGGACUUUUCUGAUGGGUGCUAAAGGAGGCUGCCCACUGCUUAUCGAAUAAUGUUGCCGGAGAUGGCCCAGCCUUCUUGUGAACAUUGUAAUGGUUAUGGUGCCAUAGAGAAGUUAUCACAAAAGAGCUCACAGGAAAAUAUUGUAGCUGUUAACGUGUUUCUGGUAUUUUUUGGAGGGAAGAAGAAGAAUAUCUUUUCAGAUGUAUUGAAGAAUCGGCCAUGGUGAGACUGGAGAGUUGCUUAACGACUAGCUGGCGGCUGGCCAUCAUCAUCCCUAGGUGCAAGUCACGGAAACAGUCUCUUCUCAGAGAUCUGACCCUCCAAAAUGCGAGAUUGGUGGAACUCUGGUUCUACAAGUUUCUCAUUACAUCUUUUGAGGAAAUGAAUCCAACUUGGAAACGUCUCAUUUUAAAGCCAAUAUAUUAUCUGCACCGUGCUACAAAGAAAGGAGUUUUCAGAAUCCAGAAAGAGGAAUACAUGACAUGCGGUGCUUAUUUGAGUUUAUAAUGCAGGAUUAUUGAGGAUAUUUGAUCUGUCUGCAAAGGUCAGAGAACUAGGAAUACUGCUAACAAGCUUAUGCAUGUAUCUCCAUUGAAAAGCCCGCAAAUAAAUUUUCAAGCAUUUCAUUGGAGACUAUUGGCGAACCAACCAAAAUUGCAUAUUGCUAUACCUUUGCCAACUUAACAACACACAUUAGAAUUCGUCAGGCUAUUUUCGUCCAAAAAGCCUCCUUUUAAUACAAUAUGCUGAGAAGCAUGUGAAGCAGCAAGUCAUGAUCAGGCCAUCUUACAAACUGAUCAUUUAGUUCCUCCUAGUCAUCUGGAACACUGUUGUUUCUUUUCCUUUAUCCAUUUUCACUUAUUUUUUUUUAUAAGAAUAAGCCAUUGCUAUCCAUAGGAAUUAUUUAUCCAGAGACCAAUAUGGUAACUAAUAUUGUAGUUAGUAAAUCCCUGUUGACCUUAUAAGUACUGUUUUCUCCUGUUGUUUUUGCAGAUAAGGUCCGAAG